AUGAGAAACCAUUCGGCAAUAACAAUGUUCAUCAUAAUGGGUUUGACAAAUGACCCACAACUAGAGAUUCUGGUUUUUAUCUUUCUGUUUAUCACAUAUAUGAUAAGUGUAAUUGGGAAUCUGACCAUAAUUUCUCUCAUCUUGGUGGAUUCUCAUUUAAAAACAGCUAUGUAUCUUUUUCUUCAAAAUUUCUCCUUCUUAGAAAUCUCAUUCACAACUGCCUGUGUCCCCACAUACCUGUACAUGAUAUCAAGUGGGGACAAAACCAUCACCAUCAAGGCCUGCUUCAGCCAAAUCUUUUUUAUUGUUCUCUUUGGAGCUACAGAAUUUUUUCUCUUGGCUGUGAUGUCCUACGACCGCUAUGUGGCCAUCUGCAAACCCCUGCAUUACGUGACCAUCAUGAACAACAGAGUCUGUUGGAAUCUUAUCCUGUCUUGUUGGGUGUCUGGCUUAUUGAUUAUCUUUCCACCUCUUGGUUUGAGCCUCCAUCUGGAAUUCUGUGACUCUGAUAUUGACCAUUUUGUCUGUGAUGCUUCUCCGUUACUGAAAAAUUCAUGUUCAGAUACGUGGUUCAUAGAGCAGCUGGUCAUAGUCUGUGCUGUGUUGACCUUCAUAAUGACCCUUGUGUGUAUAGUUCUGUCCUACAUAUACAUCAUUAGGACAAUUCUAAGAUUACCUUCUGCCCAGCAAAAGAAAAAAGCCUUUUCCACCUGUUCUUCCCACAUGAUUGUGGUUUCUGUCACCUAUGGCAGCUGCAUUUUUAUGUAUAUCAAACCUUCAGCUAAGGAUGAAGUGGCCAUUAAUAAGGCAGUUUCUCUGCUCACUACAUCUGUGGCCCCUUUGUUGAACCCCUUCAUUUAUACUCUGAGAAAUACACAAGUAAGGCGGUCUUUCCAUGACAUCCUUAAAAGACUUGCAUUUCUUUCAAAGAAAUAUUAGAUUCACAUAUUGGUAAUUUAAAUUGAAACAAAAACAAUUUAUCAUAUACUGACAUAUCAUAUAUUACAAA